AAACAUCAAAACACGCGCUACAAUGUGUUGUUGAUAUGUGAUAUGUUAACUCUAACUAGCUCAUGUUAGCCACAUUUUAAUGCAUCAUGGUGAAAUGAGGGUUUGCUGUGGAAAGGUGGCAAUGACACGUAGUCCACAUCUUAGAUUUUUUCUUCAACAGAGGAUAUUUUAGUGCUAUUUAUUGCCAGUGUUAAGCAGUGUUAUUUAUUUCAGAUGAGAGUGUGAGCUGCUGGUACAUGUUAGCUAACCGCCCGGACUAGCUAAGCUAACUGCCUCCUGCCUGGCACAGCGACUCGAAAAACAGGACCAGUUUAAAGUGUAGAGUUUUACAAAUGUCUAAUUCCACUAAAAUGACCCCGCCACCUGAGUGGGAUGACGACGAGCGGAUGAAUUUUCUUUUCUCGGACUUCAAGGAGAACCGAGAUGUCAACACGACAGACUGGGACAGUAAGAUGGACUUCUGGAGCGGUCUGUUCCUUCAGACCUGCAGGGACCGAGGCUCUGUGUGUGUCAACCUGCAGGACCUGAACAAAACCUUCAGGAGGAAGGAGAAGUCACCGCUGGGCUUGGGGACUGUCAUCCAGUCCAUGGCCAGAUGUGGGAAGAUCCAGAGGGAGUCAGAGUUUGCUGCUAAUGUGGACUGUGGCUGGUUGUCCUGGGGUGUUGGCCUGCUGCUGGUAAAGCCACUAAAAUGGACCUUCUCCACUCUUCUGGGUAGCAGCCGUGUGCCUUUGGGGGAGUCAUUCGUUGUUAUUGAACUGGUUAAGGAGAAGGCAGCACAGUUACUCGAGGCAUAUCGAAGCAGUGAAUUUGCAAGCCGCUCCAUCCUGUCAUUUCAAGAACUCCGUGACCUCUCCUCAGGUGUGUGUGUUGAUGAGAGCACCAUGUGCAUGGCACUGCUGCAGCUGCAGAGGGACAAACAAGUUAUGGUUUCAUUACACGAAGGCGAAAAGAUUGUUAAAUUUUGUCAGACGGGGCAGGAUCGUGUGUCUCCAGUCAAUGAUGUGGACAUUGGCAUCUAUCAGCUGCAGCGCAGUGAGAAGCUGCUUGGAGAGAGAGUGGAGAAACUGAGUCUUGAGGCCGACAAAUGCAAAGAGGAAGCAAGGGUUCUUCUUCGAGAAGGAAAGAAAUCUCAGGCAUUGAGAUGUUUGAGAGGCCGUAAGAGGGUUGAAAAGAGGGCAGACAACUUGUUUGCCAAACUGGAGUCAAUCAGAGGAAUCCUGGACCGAAUAGCUCAGUCACAGACUGAUAAGAUGGUUAUGCAAGCGUAUCAGGCUGGUGUGGCUGCUCUGCGACUUUCUCUCAAGGACGUGACUGUGGAACGUGCUGAGAGCCUUGUGGAUCAAAUCCAGGAGUUGUGUGACACUCAAGAUGAGGUGAACCAGACACUUUCCAGUGGUGUAACUAGUGCAGAUGAAGACAUGGAUGAGCUGGAGGAAGAGCUAAAGUCUUUGUUGGAGGAGACACAGACUGAUAUCAGCUCAGGUUUACCUGAAGUUCCAUCAAAGCCACUUCGUCCCUCUGGAGAGUAUAGCCUCAUGGGUAAUGACCUGCUCAGCUCUCUGCCCGCUGUGCCUCAACGCAACAUGAACUUCGCCACUGAGCAGCUGGAGCAAGAGCUGAACCAGUUAACACUCACUGAUUCAGGCUUUCAACAUAAGAAAAUAACUUCGCCAGCCAAAAGGUUAGAACCUGCACAAUGAUCGCCCAAACCAAACAUGGUUCAAAGGUCUGCAUCAGUAUAUCAGCACAAACUGUUGCUUACAUUUCUGGAAGCCAUUUUCAAGAAAUAAAAAAGUAUAAGUAAACAAUGUAAACAUUCAUGAACAGCAGAGUUGAAACAUACAUAAAAACAUACUAGAAGGUAGUAAUUUAGAAAUUACUCAACUGUUAUUGGGGUGUUUGACUCGGUGUUAAGAUAAUACAAACAGGGCAAUUUUCUUCAAUAGAUUAAAUAUGAUUGUGCUUUUAUUGUGGAGGCAUGCCAAAAAGCAUUUUGAAUUUUUCAUUCUUUCAUCCUUUCCUUAAGCUUUGAGACGCACAGGUGAAUAAAUCAAAAGUGGGUAUUUUAACUCUUUAAAAUAUGCUCCUUGGUAUGCCAUCACAAGGAAUGCUUUUAUUUCGUGGUAACUACGAGGAAAGACAGAACUGCUGUGUUUGUCUCUUAUAGUCUGUUUGUUGACGUUUGUAAUGUCAUUUGUUGUGAGUCCAGUAAAGUGUAAUAAGUGGCCUUCUGAACUGUAAAUACAAAGCUAAAGGAAACAGAAUAUUAUGCCAAAUGAUUUAUUACAACCACUAUAUUAAGUCUCACUGAACCUUACCUGUGUGGAUGGAGAAGUCUACCUUAAGUGAGUUUAACCAAAUGUUUCUCAAAAUAAAAUUUAUUUUAAUCAUUUGUA